AUGCGCAACUUAUAUGCUUUAACCUUACUGCUUAUAGCAGUUUCUGCUAGCAGCAUACUUGCUGCCAACUUGGAUAGUCGGCAAUAUGUUCCUCUAUCCGUUUCAGCUAGGGAUGCGGGAGCUCCUUGCCUGACAACAACUCCGCCAUGUGUUACCACUCGCCCGCCGUGCUCCGGAAAUGCUCAGCCUACAACAACUACAUCUUGUGUUACCACACGGCCGCCAUGCACCGAAGAGGAGGACGUAACAACAACAACACCAUGCAGCACAACAACAACGACGACGACCACAACUACAACUACCACAACAACAACCACAACUACAACUACCACAACAACAACCACAACAACAACGACCACAACAACGACAACGACAACUACAACUACAACGUCUACAACUACAACGACUUGCAGCACAACGACAACCACUACGACAACAACCACAACAACGACAACAACCACAACAACCACAACUACGACAACAACUACAACGACAACAACCACAUCUACGACAACAACGACUUGUAGCACAACGACAACAACCACAACAACCACAACUACAACAACAACGCCUAAAACUACAACGACAACAACCACGACUACAACAACAACGACUACAACUACAACGACUUGUAGCACAACGACAACAACCACAACUACGACAACAACUACCACAACAACGCCUAAAACUACAACGACAGCAACCACAACUACGACAACAACGACUACAACUACAACGACUUGUAGCACAACGACAACAACCACAACUACGACAACAACUACCACAACAACGCCUAAAACUACAACGACAACAGCCACAACUACGACAACAACGACUACAACUACAACGACUUGUAGCACAACGACAACAACCACAACUAAGACUACAACUACAACGACAACUACCACAACAACGCCUAAAACUACAACGACAACAACCACAACUACGACAACAACGACUACAACGACUUGUAGCACAACGACAACAACCACAACUACGACAACAACUACCACAACAACGCCUAAAACUACAACGACAACAGCCACAACUACGACAACAACGACUACAACUACAACGACUUGUAGCACAACGACAACAACCACAACUAAGACUACAACUACAACGACAACAACCACAACUACGACUACAACUACAACGACAACUACCACAACAACGCCUAAAACUACAACGACAACAACCACAACUACGACAACAACGACUACAACUACAACGACUUGUAGCACAACGACAACAACCACAACUACGACAACAACUACCACAACAACGCCUAAAACUACAACGACAACAGCCACAACUACGACAACAACGACUACAACUACAACGACUUGUAGCACAACGACAACAACCACAACUAAGACUACAACUACAUCGACAACAACCACAACGACGACUACAACUACAACGACUUGCAGCACAACGACAACAACCACAACUACGACAACAACGCCAAAAACUACAACGACAACAACUACAACUACGACUACAACGACUUGCAGCACAACGACAACAACCACAACUACGACAACGACGACUACAACUACAACGUCAACAACUACAACUACGACUACAACGACUUGCAGCACAACGACAACAACCACAACUACGACUACAACGACUUGCAGCACAACGACAACAACCACAACAACGACUACAACUACAACGACUUGCAGCACAACGACAACAUCCACAACUACGACUACAACGACUUGCAGCACAACGACAACAACCACAACUACGACAACAACCACAACUACGACUACAACGACUUGCAGCACAACGACAACAACCACAACAACGACUACAACUACAACGACUUGCAGCACAACGACAACAACCACAACUACGACAACAACGACGACGACUACAACGACUUGCAGCACAACGACAACAACCACAACUACGACUACAACUACAACGACUUGCAGCACAACGACAACAACCACAACUACGACUACAACUACAACGACUUGCAGCACAACGACAACAACAACCGAGUGUAUUACAACGACACCAAAAACAACAACCUGCACCACAACAACCUGCAGCACAAUCACAGUUACUACUGAGUGCAAUACAACAACACCCCCGUGCGCAACCACAACAAAGUGUCCAGGAGCAGCUGCAGCGACAAAGGCUAAGCAACCAUUUCGUGCCCGACCUAGCUACCGCCCACUCAAAGAAGUUACUCAAUUUAUGAAUGGAGUCUCAUCAACCGACGACCAAGUUCAAUUCAUGUGCCAUGGAAAGCCCAACGGUUUUCUUUUGGCCUCCCCAACCCGCUGCAACGACUACUAUAUCUGCCGCCACCAACAGGCACUUAAGGUCAGCUGUGGCGACAAGUACUUCAAUGGCCAAAAGGGCAUUUGUGAUCUUCCCGAGAAUACAGGAUGUGUUCAGCACUAG